AGUUUUUGGCCACGUGUUAGCUCGUUGUUCGGUCGACAAAAGCUGAUAUGUCCACAACACAAAACCUUUCUUCAAUGAUCGUUAGAUUUUAGCCAAGUUUCAGGCAUAACGUUACCGUUAACUGUCGCUGUAACCUAGAAACGUCGACGACAGACUUUGAGCUUGUAACAUGGCGACACCGACACGAAGUUAACUGUUAACUUAAGCCUCUGUGUAGAUGGAUGGUGAAGCAGACCUAGUGAGUGAAUUCAGCCAGAGAGAGAAGAAAAGGUCCUACAAAGACUUGAUGAUGGAUGUGGAGGAGCCAGAUUCGGAUAUUGAGGAAUGCAGCACCAAGAGGUUUCACAAGGAACCAAAAAGCUUGCUUAACAAAAAAAGGCUACACUCCGAUAAUAGUGGAAUGGAUCCUGGACUUUAUGAAGCAGAGUCCUCCGGCUUCCUCCCUGCUUGUCCAGUCUGUGUGCCACAAGACAGAUGGGGAAUAAGAGGAGGAGAAGAGGAUAUCCAAGACAAGUUGUUGCAUAAUUGUUGCACAGCAGGGGGCAGGAUUGAUCAGGCAAGUCCAAGCUCCAUGUUGGAGUACUGGGUGUAUCUAGAUAACCAGAACAACAUGGCAGACCGUCCCGUUGCCAGAACUAUCACCCCUCCUGCCACUCCACUAACCAACAGGCCUUGUCCAUUCAUACCUGCUCCUAGCUCACUGACAGCCAUUGCUUCUGCAGUGAGCACUGUAGUUAAUCCCAUGGCAUUUAUCCCCAUGACUGACACCUGUAGUCCCGUUAGUUCUAUGUGCAGUCCCACCGGUUCAGCCUGGGACACUCUCAGAUCCACAUCCAGGAGUUCUGGCUGCUCUGACCGGGUCCCUGUCAGUGCUGCAGCUCACCUACACCUGUUGGGGGAAUCCUUGUCCCUGAUUGGACAACAUCUUCAGGAGACAAAGAAAAUGGUUAGUAUGUCGAGUAGCUUGUCUCUGCUCCUGGACUCUCUGCUGUGUGCCCUGGCUCCUUUAAUCUGUCUCACCGCACAGAUACCAGAGCUGAGGAGCUGCACACAACCCACACUGGCCUCCACUCUGGAAAACAUUGCCUACGUGAUGCCCGGGCUGUAAGUGAUGAUGAAGAUGUUCUGAUAGAUAUAGGUUAGUUUACACUUGGAAAAUAAGUAUAAAAUCAAUUUUGUUUAAAAAAAAAUUUGUUUGCACUAUUAAAACCUAUUUUUGUUUUAUCACAAAUAUGCAAGUUUACUUUAAUAUGUCAAGUUAUUUUCUUGUAUUGGUUGUUCAGUUAAAAUGUGUGUGAAGAUUGAAUUAUGUAACUUUUUUUACUGACCAGAUACCUUCUGUCUGUUGCUGGACAAGUGUCAAUUUCAGUUUUUCUGCUUCACAGUGGCGAUCACAUAGAUUUACUCUCUUACAUGUUCUUGGAUUUAUACUGAAAAUAAAAGUUUGAGAAAAUACAAA